AUGAUCUCGACCAUGACACUUGUCGAGACCGCACUGGCUGAACAGCAGACUUACCAGAGGACGCGCGGCGUCCUUAGGCAUGGGCAUGCUGCAAAUGGAGGCUCCACGACCGGGGCCAGCGGAACAUCGGGGAACAUUGAGAUUGGCCAUAUCGACGAGAACGAGGAAUACGAACGGAGUCGCAGAUACUCGGCCAGUGAUCAUGGAGAUGGUGGUGGCCAUGCAGCAGAAUUUGAACGGGAUAACCGCCCGACACUCCGUCGCAGCAUAUCAGCGCUUUGCCUUCUCAUUUUCCUGAUUUGGUGCCUGUCGCCGAUCGGACCGCAGGCUGCCCGACACAUGUACGGAGUCACUCAGGAGACGCUUCAAGGCCAUCGCGAUGUUCUUUACGUUGAGAACACGGGACACAAUCAAGUUUGGGCUCCAAAGUCGGCAAACACAUUGUCAUCUACAAGUCGCUCCCAGCUGAUCCAGACCAUCAGCGCCAAGUAUAUCCGCAGCCUCUCCCAGGACAACGUCAACAACCCCAUGAACGAACCAAUUUCCAUUUACUUACCGCAAAAAUCCACACUCGUCGACUCUAUUGUGUCUACAUAUGGGUCAAAGAGUCAUGCUGCUUUGCAUCGACGCAUACGUGCUCGCGAUGAAACGGUCAGCAACACCCACCAAGGCGUGCCCAUCUCAGCAGACUUCGAGGCUCUGAAUUUCUCGAUGACCGCGUCUGCCUACGACUUGAAAUGUGGAGACUGGACUCUUAUGACGAGGCAGCUUUCCAACGACACGUCGUCCGAGCAGAUAUUCUACAGCGCUUCUCAGACUCUGGGACUGAGCAUGCCGGGCCAUGAUGAUUCGGCAACUCCCCCAAUGGUACGAUUCGUUUCGUUGAACAGGAAAUCAACUACCAACACCACCGUGUUGAGAAGGAGGCGUCGCGAUAACACAACUCUGGCGGUCGACCAGUGGGAGUACUCUUCCAUCACCUGCAGCUACGAGCAGGUCUUCUACAGUGUGCCCAUGCGGUGCAGUCCAGACAACAGCACUGGCCUGAGCAAUUGCGCCCAGUCAGGCGCUGCACAUCUCAUGCCUUUUAAUGGUACUUUAAGCACACCCUUACGGGACUUCGCGCUGGAUUUUGUCUGGUCUGGAAACCUGCCGACCACGGACAAUACAGCAACAGCCACCGAGCGAUAUAUUCAACGUGGUGGGCCGUCCGAUAUAACCUCCCUCAUCAGACCACGGCAAGUCAGCAAUUCCAAGUUCAACCUCUCAGCAACCGUUUCCCCGGAUGAAUUCGCCCAGCGGUUCGGCUACUUGUUCAGCACCUGGGUCGGGCUAGGCUACUGUCCACAGUGCUCGUCAGGCAUCGUGGUCAACAGCACCUCGGUCCCUACUAGCCUGCAGCCCCGCUACAAAACGGCACCCUCGACAGUGACCUGGCCCGGCGAGCGGGUGUUCACGGUCAACUGGGCCUGGAUGGCCGUGUUCAUAGUGUUCACGUCCAUCAUGCUCGUCGCUGCGGUCGGCGCCAUCUUCGUCGAGAUGAUGGUCCUUUCCGAGGGCGCUAAGCAGAAGACGGCGAGACGUACUAUCUCGAAAAGUGACAUCGUCCCUCUGCGUCUUCCGACGAUGUACUCGACCGUCAGCAAUGAUCAGAGGUCACCGCAGUGGGGCAAAACUGUGAUACACGAUAUGGAUACUGCGACGGGGGCUGGCUACUCUUGGCAGAUGUAUGGUUAA